UUCACAAUAUAAAUGCCGUCAACAGCUAAUUUGGCAAUAUCAAGCAUGGCUAAAUGAAACAAAUCUACAUGUAUGUGAAAUAAGUAAUAAUUGUAUUAAUCAAAUUGCUCACAAACUAAAAUUACUUGAUGGUAAAGAAGAGAUUAAAAAAUUAUUAGAAGUGAUAAAAUACCUUACACAAGAAAGAGAGGAACAAAUUUAUCCAGAUGAUGUAGUAGACGUGUUUAAAACUAAUUUUGUAGUUUGUGAACUAGUUCAAGAAAAAAUCAUAUUGCGAAAAAUAUUUGAAGGUAGUAAAAUUUUAUCCAGCAAUAUUAUUAUAACAGGUGUAGCAUCCGGUGUACAAGUAAAUGCUAAUAUGCAAACAUGA